CAUGUGGAGAGCUACGACAAAUUUAUCCACCAUUAUAACUUCACGGUUAGGAUGAAGACGCCUAGUUCAGUUGACUGGAUCGUGGAGUUAUUCUUUGCCGAAGUGAAGGAAAUCUUUGGAAGAAAAUACUAUUUCUGCUGUCCUUUAGAGCCAAACGAAAAUGGUAACUGUUAUGCGUGCAAGAACCGAGUGGGAUAUUUGAAACAUCCUGCCACGGGUGGAUUUGACAUGGGCUUGCCUGAUGCUCCUGCAUGCAAUCUACCAUGCAAUCUAUGUGAAACACUUCAUUUGUCCGUGGAUCUUCGCUUCGAUUGA